CGCCCUGGCCAGCGGGCACAGCGCUCAGACUCGGGGAUCGGGUCCCGGCGGAGCAGGAUGGGCUGCGCGCGCAGCCGGCCGAGCUGCUGCAGACCCCCCAGAAAGAGGCGGCACGAGGACCCCCAGGCCGCGGGCGCCGGGGCUGAGCGGCGGGAGCUGGGCCCCCUGGCCGGGGACGCAGGUGAGCAGCGCCUCCCCCCCGGGGCGCGGGAGGGCGGCGCCCCCCCGGGCCCAGGACGCGCGGCCUCUCCCGCAGCCAACGCCCCCGAGCAGGAGCCCCGCGAGGACGCGCCCGGGACGGCCCGGCAGCGCGAGGAGGACGAGAGCCAGCGGGCGCCGCAGGUGCAGCGCGAGCGGCGGGGGAGCCGGGAGCUGCCCGGAGACGCCCUGGACGGGCAGCAGGACGCGCUGCGAGCCCUGCAGGCCUCGCACAAGCAGGAGAAGGAGGCCCUGGCCCGGGCCCACCAGAAGGCCAUGAAGGCUCUGCAGGAGACCGCAGACGGCCUGGCCGCACGGCUGGAGGCCGUCCAGGCCCAGAUGAGGCGGGCGGAGGAGGCGGUCUCGAGCCGAGACUAUAAACAGCACUUCCAGGACCACGGCGGCCUCAGCGAGUUCUGGGAGCGGGAGCUGGAGAGUUUGCACUUCGUCAUCGAGAUGCGGAAUGAGCGUGUGCACGAGCUGGACCGGAGGCUGGCGCUCACGGAGGCCGUGCGAGAGAAGAGCCUGGCCCUGGAGGAGAAGCUCGGCUCCCUGCAGCAGGAGAACGAGGACCUGUACGCCCGCUUCCGCCAGCAGAUGGCCGUCUCCCGGCAGCUGUCCGAGGACCUGCUGGCCGCCCGCCAGGCCCUGGAGCAGGAGAAGCGGCUGCGGCAGGAGCUGCAGCGGGAGAAGGAGGAGCUGCUCUUCCGGGUCCUGGGCGGCCAGGCCGGGCCGUCCUUCCCCCUGGCCCCCGUCACCCCCACGCCCACACGGGUCUCCUUCCUGGCCACCUAGGCCCGGCCCAGCAGCUGGACGCAGGGACACAGCGGGAGCGCCCUCCUCCGGGGGCACGCGGGUGAGGAGCACAGCAGCGAGAGCACGGCCUCCGCCCAGCACGCCGAGCACUGCUGCUGCGGAGCACCCAGGCCCUGGCAGACCCGGGGCCCGGUGGGGCGGGGAGCGGCCAGGCACACCCUGGGGGCCCGGGGGUUUGGCCCCCCAGCACCUCCUUCCUGGGACUCGGGAUGCGGGGUGCCUCUCCUCCCCCCCGCCCCCACCCCUCGUCUGGGCCUGGCCCCACCCAUGGGGCGAGGUGUGAUCUCCCCAGGAAGCCCUGUGGGCGGGGACCCGCCCCAGCACCCACAGUCAGCCUCCCCCACCCAGACGCUUCCUGCCUCGGGGGCAGACGGGGGUCUCGCCGGAGGCCAGAACCCGGGGCCGUGUCCCGCUGGGUGGCCUCCUCCUCCCCACGGGGCUCAGGCUGGACGGGUCCUGGACAGAGAGAAGUGGCCGGGCCAGAGGUUCCCUGAAGCUCUGUGUGACGCCCACUGGCACUGCAGCGAGCCAAGAGGAAGCUGUGUGCUGGGGGGGGGAGUGCAGAGGGGCCUGUCCCCAGCACAGCCACCACGUCACCACACCUGACAGUGGAGUCGGGCACAGGCCCAGGCCCCAGUGUCACCCCGAGCCAACAGACGCGGGGCUGCAGCCUUCAUCAGGGGCUCCCGGCGGAGGGACGAGGGUCAGGCCGCUCAAUGCUGGACAUCGCGCUAUGGAGCGGCCUGACCCAGGGGCCGUGCCUGGGGGCGCGGGGGCCACCAGAUGCUGGGAAUCUGGUGUGCGCACACAGACACACACAUGUGAGAACACACAUGCACACAUAUGCACAUGCACGUACACGUGUGCAUACACAUCACACACGUGCAAACACAUGCACACGCUCCACCCUUUGAGCUGUCCCCAGCCCUCAUGCACAUGCACACAUACACGCACACCACACAUCCCUCACCCUCUGAGCUCUGUCCUGAGCUCUGGUGCUCACACAUGCACAGACACGUGUGCGCACACACGCACAGACACACACGCUAAGUCCAUUGGGCUCUGUCCAGAGAUCUGGUGCUGUAAGUUUUGUUUCUGUUUGUUUGGGGGCCCACCCGGCAGUGCUCAGGAGUUCCUCCUGGCUCUGCACUCAGAAAUCACUCUUGGCGAUGCUCGGGGGACGAUACGGGGAGCCGGGAAUCGGAGCUGGGCCAGGCGCAUGCAAGGCCAAUGCCCCCCUGCUGUCCUGUCCCUGCGGCCCUUGCCAGGGCUUCUGAGGAGCCCGACUCACG